AUGGAUUCUGAUCCCCCAUUUGAAGAAUAUUAUGAGGUCCUUUUCAAAGGCUCGCUUGUAAGAGCAGUAAAAAUAAAUGAUGCUGAAGAAUGUGAGCUACCUGUUAUUGACAUGAGUUCUUUAAAUUCUGAACAAGUGGAGAGACAAAACUGCAUAGAAAAGAUGGGUGAAGCAGCAAGGGAAUGGGGUUUCUUUCAAGUUGUGAAUCAUGGGAUCCCACGAGAGGUUUUGGAAAGUAUGCUGCAUGAACAAAGGAAGCUGUUCUAUGAACCCUUUACCAAUAAGUGUAAAGAAAAUUUCUUGAAUUUAUCUGCUAACAGUUAUUUCUGGGGCAACCCUAAAGCUACAUGUUUGAGGCAAUUUUCUUGGUCAGAAGCUUUUCAUAUACCUGUUACAGAUAUUUCAAGAAUGGAUGGAAGCAGGAGUCUCAGGCCCGCCAUUGAAGCAUUUGUCAAUGCAGCAACUACUUUAGCUCAAAGCUUAGCUGAGAUUUUAGCAGAGAAUAUAGGUGUCAAAACCAGUUUCUUUAAAGAAAAUUGUACGGCAAGUUCUAGUUAUGUAAGGAUGAACAGAUAUCCUCCAUGUCCAGUUUCUUCUCAAGUCUACGGAUUGUUGCCUCACGCCGACAGUGAUUUUCUAACAAUAUUGUACCAAGACCAAAAUAAAGGAUUGCAAUUGUUGAAAGAUGGAAGUUGGGUUGGUGUUAGACCUAAUCCUGAAGCUUUAGUAAUCAACAUUGGCGACUUCUUCCAGGCAUUUAGCAAUAGCAUAUACAAAAGCAUUGAACAUAGAGUGGUUGUCCCUCAAGAAGUUGAGAGGUUUUCUAUGGCAUAUUUCUACUGCCCAUCGUACGAAGCCAUAGUAGAAAGCCAUAUCAAGCCAGCAAAAUAUAGAAACUUCAGUUUCAGAGAGUAUAAGCAGCAAAUACAGAAAGAUGUUGAAACUACUGGUGAUAAAAUUGGUCUGUCAAGAUUUGUUCUAUGAUAUACGAGAGUGGAUACUAUCUAAGCCGAAUAGCUCACCUUCUGAAAAGGGCUCCCCUAAAGUUUUAGGGUCCCUCUCGGUUCCCCUACUACCCAUUAUAUCUUAUCUAGAUAUAGAUGUGAUGGUUGGCUUCAAUAAGUACCUGAGGUUUGUUUUGGAAAAUGGGUCUCCAGCUGCUUGCCAACAUCAUUAAUUUCAAGUUGCAACUACUUCGUGGUUGAAA